CGGAGCGGAGCGGUGCGGGCGCGGAGCCGAGCGAGGCGCGGAGCUGGCUGCUGGCGGGUGCGGGGACCCUCGCCACCCGGCCUGGGAAAGCGGGAUGGGACGCCGCCCGCGGGGACCUGGAUCCCCCCGGGGACCUGGCCCUCCACGCUCCGGGCCCGGGCUGCCACCGCUGUUGCUUGUGCUGGCGCUGGCGGCCCACGGGGGCUGCGCAGCGCCCGCGCCCCGCGCGGAGGACCUCAGCCUCGGGGUGGAGUGGCUAAGCAGGUUUGGCUACCUGCCACCUGCAGAUCCGGCAACAGGGCAGCUGCAGACACAGGAGGAACUGUCUAAGGCCAUUACUGCCAUGCAGCAGUUUGGCGGUCUGGAGACCACUGGCAUCCUGGAUGAGGCCACUCUGGCCCUGAUGAAGACCCCUCGCUGCUCCCUUCCGGACCUGCCCCCUGGGGCCCAAUUGAGAAGGAAGCGGCAGACUCCGCCACCAACCAAAUGGAGCAAGAGGAACCUUUCUUGGAGGGUCCGGACAUUCCCACGGGACUCACCCCUGGGCCGGGACACUGUGCGUGCGCUCAUGUACUACGCCCUCAAAGUCUGGGGUGAUAUCACACCCUUGAACUUCCACGAGGUAGCGGGCAACACGGCGGACAUCCAGAUCGACUUCUCCAAGGCUGACCACAAUGACGGCUACCCCUUUGAUGGCCCCGGUGGCACAGUGGCCCACGCAUUCUUCCCCGGUGACCACCACACGGCAGGGGACACCCACUUUGAUGAUGAUGAGUCAUGGACCUUUCGUUCCUCAGAUGCCCACGGGAUGGACCUGUUUGCAGUGGCUGUCCAUGAGUUUGGUCAUGCCAUCGGUCUGAGCCAUGUCGCCGCCCCAAGCUCCAUCAUGCAGCCGUACUACCAGGGCCCUGUGGGUGACCCGCUACGCUACGGGCUCCCCUACGAGGACAGGGUGCGUGUCUGGCAGUUGUACGGUGUGCGGGAAUCCGUGUCCCCUACUGCCCAGCUGGAUACCCCAGAGCCCGAGGAACCACCCCUCCUGCCAGAACCUCCCAACAAUCGGUCUAGCACUCCGCCCCAGAAGGAUGUACCUCAUCGGUGCACUGCCCACUUUGAUGCCGUGGCCCAGAUUCGUGGCGAAGCCUUCUUCUUCAAAGGCAAGUAUUUCUGGAGGCUGACCCGGGACCGACACUUGGUAUCCCUGCAGCCCGCUCAAAUGCAUCGCUUCUGGCGGGGCCUGCCGCUGCACCUAGACAGCGUGGACGCGGUGUAUGAGCGUACCAGUGACCACAAGAUUGUCUUCUUCAAAGGAGACAGAUACUGGGUGUUUAAGGACAACAACGUAGAGGAAGGGUACCCGCGACCCGUCUCCGACUUCAGCCUCCCGCCAGGUGGCAUCGAUGCCGUCUUCUCCUGGGCCCACAAUGACAGGACUUAUUUCUUUAAGGACCAGCUAUACUGGCGCUAUGAUGAUCACACACGGCGCAUGGACCCUGGCUACCCUGCCCAGGGCCCCCUGUGGAGAGGUGUCCCCAGCAUGCUGGAUGAUGCCAUGCGCUGGUCUGAUGGUGCAUCCUAUUUCUUCCGAGGCCAGGAAUACUGGAAAGUGCUGGAUGGUGAGCUGGAGGCAGCCCCCGGGUACCCACAGUCUACAGCCCGGGACUGGCUGGUAUGCGGCGAGCCACUGGUGGAUGCAGAGGAUGUAGGGCCCGGACCCCAGGGCCGUAGCGGGGCCCAGGAUGGUCUGGCAGUGUGUUCCUGCACUUCAGCCGCACACAGGUCGACAGUGCCAUCUCUGCUGCUGCUGACGCCACUGCUGUGGGGCCUGUGGACUUCAGUCUCUGCCAAGGCAUCCUGAGGGCAGUUGCAGAUCAAGGAGCCGGCGUUGCAGUGCUGGCGUUGCAGAUCAAGGAGCCGGGGGUGGGGGGGGAGGCAGGGACACACUGGCCGGUUGUCAGCAGGACUUGUGCUCCAAGCCUUGGUCCCUCGCUCCUUCCUUUCUCCUUCCUUCCACUGAACCCCGGGGUGCUGUGCCAUCUGCUGGAGUGGUCUCCAGCUGGGACAGGACGUCCCACCAAGCAGCAUCCAUGCACGCCUUUCCUACCUGGAGCAGCCUUAGGCAGUACUCCGUCCCUCUUCUCUGCACAUCACACUGCUUAGCUGCACCUUGCGGAGCUGCCCAAGCCCAGCUGUCACAACCCCAGGAUGCCUCAUCUGUACCUGAGAGGCUCUGACGGCAUCUGCACGUGGGAUGAUGGGGACAAACGGGGGCUUCCUUGUGGUGUCCAUGGGGGCCACCGUGCCUUGUUUCGCAAGUGAGAGAGUUGAUGCCCCGAUGGGGAACAGAGCGGGAGAAGGGCACCUACCCAGAAGUCUGAUCUACUGCCGUUUGCAGCAGCCAGCGCCGUUUCUGCUAAUACAGGGGACCAGUCACACUCAGGAUCUGCCCACAGGUACCCAGAUGCUGGCCAGGCGCCUUGCUCCUACCAUCAGGAGCAUGGCCAUCUCUCCUCAUCCUAGACAGGCUAGACAUAGAGGCUGUGUCCUGUUAGUCUCCCUCUCUGUGGCCAGGAGAGCAUCGUGGGUCUCCCUCGGGUGCUGUUGAUUGGGGGGUAGGGGUGCCUAUAGGGAUAGCUCUUCCCUCUCUGUGGCCAGGAGAGCAUUGUGGGUCUCCCUCGGGUGCUGUUGAUUGGGGGGUAGGGGUGCCUAUAGGGAUAGCUCUUCAUCUGUCAGUACCCAUUGCUUCAGCAAGAUGUCCCAUAUAGUUCUGGACUAAGAACCCUGCAGCUUAGACUCGCAGCUGUCCCCUCCCCAGCUGCGGAGAGGCUUCUAACACCUAGAAUAAAAGCCGGUGUUCAGUUGGGGGAAGAAGGAUGGUCAGUGGAGCACAGGAUGAUAGCGAGUGGGGAACUGCAGGGAUAAUAGUGCCAGGGUCCUUAGGCGUCCUGACAGAGUCACGCCUGACUUGCUGCAGAUGUAGGAGCUGUGCACGAAUUGCUGCUCUGGGUGACAAACCCCCAUGGUCCAGAAAGGGCUCUGAGCAAGGACUGAGGUAGAACCCAAGAUGGGGUGAUGAGCUCCAGGAAGGAACCGCCAAGUUCAAAAGUUCUGGGACGAGACGGACCCACCCAUGUAGGCUUGGCUGUAGGGCACGAGAUGAAAAUUAGUGAAAAUCACACACAUACACACACCCCCUCCCCCUCCCCAACUGGCCCGGUCCCAUCUCAGGUAAGAAAGGCUUCUACAUACCCCAGGCCAGGUUUGAGUGUUGUCAGGAUGAGCGGGGCCUGGGUUUCUACCCUUUUCCCUUUCCCAAGCCUGGCCACACCCUCCACCUACCUGUCCGACUAGGCAGGACAGAGUUAGAGGUGUGUGUGGAGGGUGAGGUUUCCCUGUCAUGGAAGCCACCCCACUCUGCCCUUCUAUCAAAGCACGUUCCUAUGCUGUCCCAUGUUGUCCACCAGCCUACAGGACACAGCUGUCCUGUACAGUCACAGGGAAGGUCCAAAAGUCUUUGUCACAUAGCACUGAAAGCCAGGCCGGCAGGCUGGAGCUGUCUAGAUGCUGGUGUCUCACUCAUUUUAAAACCCAAACUCUUAAUAAAAAUUUUGUACACUGGA